AUGUUUCAGCAAACUCUUCAUUUUUCCACAUCUUUAAGAGCUAAACUAUGGUUAGACCGAAAUCUCAACCAAUUAAUUAAGGCUAACAGCAAAUGUGUUUAUCAGAACUUCACUAUAAAAAGUAAAUUGUUGAUUAGUGAGGACAGAAACGAACUAAACGAAUUAUUCAACGACUCAUAA